GUCGUGUCGCAUUUGCACGUUUGACUCUGAAACCUGACGAAAGCGCACUACAUUUUAGGCGCUAAAUUGGCCCGCUGGGGUCAAUAGAUCCAAUCUUGACUGGCGGGAAUUGUCCAAACACGUACGCGGCCAGCGGACACUAGCUCCUGGCCUCAAUUUCAUCGACGUUCAUCAUCGCUUCGAAAUGCGUUCGUGUGCAAUCACGAAUGGCAAGCCCUGCAUGCCGCGAUACGGCUAUCGAGACGGCCGCUUCGAGCGCAUUUCAGCUCAAAAUCGAUUUCAUUGGUGAUUUGGCCGCCUGUGCCGGAAGCCAUGGCGCGCAAUUGCUGCUGCGCCGCGAUAACACCACGAAAGCGUCUCCGCGCAAGUGGCGACAGCGCAAGGUAAGAUUUCUCGCGCGUGAUCAUGCCGGCAUACGCCGCAAUGGACACAAAUGUCCAACAAACUCCCACAUUCCACGUCAAAGCGUGGUUCGGAUGCUGUUGGAUGCUGCACGCGAACGUUGCCCUGGCACAGUCCUUAACGAGCGCAUUUGAUCAGAGCUCAUCCGCGUGGAAGGCAUGGACAAGCUGAUCCGUCAACCCCCUCGCUGCCCAUGUCACACAUCUCCAUUGUACGCGGUACAUCGCUUGCCGGAUGCGGUGGCCAAAGCGCAGACUACAUAGCCAGCUGUUCAGCUCAUCUCCCCAAUGCGAAAGUGGUUGCGGUCGCGCUUUGAUAAGGUUUGCGCCAUCUUGACGAGCGACGACCCGAUGCUCUGGUCCACUUUCCCUUGCCACCAAAAUGUAAACGCCCAGAUGCCACGCCGCGUACGACAAGAGUUGCCACUUUUUCACACUGCGAGGGUACUCAGCGGCAAAGGGCUUGCUUCCCGCUCGAACGUCGAGUGCGAUGUCAGCACGUCUGUUGUGAUGUCUUGUGCCAGGCCGGAGGGGAUCAAGCGCGUUACAAGUAUAAAAAUGCGGUUCUUUGCCACGGCCAACCCAAAAUUCGUCCUUUACGCUUUCUUUCAAACGGUUUCCGCGUCCUCGCGAUUUUCAUCUUUCGUCACAGCGGUCAGCCGGUCUGACAUUCCAAUCAGAAGGGCAACCCGUUUUUUGAGAGCGCGCUUAAGAUUGGCGCGCUCAUCUCG